AAUUAGCACUGUGUUUGGGCCGAACCUUUUUCCGAACGUCUUGGAGGACAUGGUAGAGGACACACAGCAGUAGAGAGGAGGACGAAAUGUAGGUUAGUCCCAGGAGUUUCCCCUGACCCUAAGUAACCAUGGACCAUUCAGAUGCAAAGCAGUGGGAUCCAUACCAGACAUCUCACAGACGUGACUUUGUUUACCGACCCAACUCUUCAGAGCCCGUUUACGGCACUUCAACUUCAAAGGUUCACAUAAAUCCAUAUACACUUGAUAAGCCUGUGGAUACAAAAACUGUGUACAAUGAGGAGUUCAGUUGGAAACCAACGUCCAAACCUGCUUUCAUAACUGGAACAGUUUCUGGCAACAGAAGAAACAAUCCCCACCCGAGUGAGUCUUUCAUGGUAUGGCGGCUGCCCAGAGGGCUAAGGUCUGCUUAUAAUGGAAAGCCUGGGACAAGCCUCCCCUCUGAGCAGCAGAUAACUGAUGCUCUUUCUGGCCAGUAUCGCUCUACGUACCGCACUGACUACUUGGGCAUCCCUCAAGGUGUCCAGAAACCCACUAAACUGAAACCUCUGAGCUUAGAGAAAAUGGUCUCUUACACCAUUGACACAGAGAUGCGCCACAAUUACUGCAAGCCGUCAAACAAGCCUGACCUCCAAGGCAAUACGACUCGUUAUGGAUGCAAUGCACUCCAUGGAGUUGCCCCAAAAGGAAUAGUCCCCACGGUGGUUCACAGUCACAUUAGGAACCAGGAGACCAGGAAGCAGCUGACAAGUUAUGACAUGCACUUUGGGGGAAAGACCACUGACAUUUCAGAAGUACUCAGAUCCCUUCAGCCACAGGAGUUGAAGCAGCUCUAUCAACAUCUUCCUCAAAAAGAUAAGGAUGCUGUUGAUGCUUUUCUGCUCAUGACCUCUCGUCGUUCUCAGGUAAAGAAAGGAAGCCGUUCCCCACACUCUCCUUGUAAGCCAGACUGGUUGUCAGCUUGGGCAGGGCCCCUGUGAAUGUUGCAUGACCCCCUCAUCUUAAAGUGACCCACAUGGACAAUGUCUGUGUGCUCGUUUAUGAGCAUAUAUACACAAGCUAGCAUUUGUGGUCUUCAUCCAUGAGAAAAUAAAGUAAUAAGACCAGUUA